CUUCCAAAAAAAUGAUGAAAAAACCCUGCCUCUAAAUUUGUCUUCUUCUUCCCUAUCACAUGCUUCAUAAAAACCAGAAAAAUUUAAAACAAAUCUCUCUCUCCUCCUCUGUUACUCUCUGACACUUCAAUGAAGUCAUGAAACUCAGUUCUUAACUCAAUUCUUUUUAAUUUCCUCUUUUAUUUAUUUAUUUUCAGCUUCACUCUUUUUUUUCCAGUGAAGUUCACCCUUUCUCUCUCUAAGAAAUAAUUGGGGUGAUCUUUAUACAGAUUUAGCUAAACAUCAGAAUACCAAACCCUCACAGAAAUCAACUCCAAUACCCCUGUUUGAGUCUUUUCACACCAAAAAUUAUUUAUAUUCCUAUUUCCCCCAUUUUUUAUAUUAAUUUUUACCCUAUUUUCUUCAAAUUUUAGAUAAAACCCACAAAAAAAGUUUCCAUCUUUAGAAUUUACUUUAGCAUCAAUUUUCAAGUUUUCAACUAUUUUCAUCAAGUUUAUAUCUUGUUUUGGCAAUUUAAUUGUUUUUCAACCAAACCCAGAAGAAUUUCUAUUUUUGAAAAAAACCCACCUCACUUAAACCCCAUUUCUAUCAACUUUCUACCAAAACCCACCUCCCAAAACUCCUCUCUUUCUCUCUCUUCCUCUGUUUUCAAAGCAGAGCAAAUUACUACAAAAACCCCCAUUUUACCCAAAAAAGCUCAAAUCUUUGAACUUCCCAUUACUCUCCACAUGCAUUCAUGAAUUGGGUAUUUUCUGAUCUGCACCAAAUUGGGGGAGAAUGGGGUGUUCAAUGUCUAAUUUAGCAGCUAAAUUUGCUUUCUUUCCACCAUCUCCGGCAACCUAUGAGGUGAAAAAGAGGGAUUCCGACAGCAAGCUUGUGGCGGUUUCCUCGGCGGCGGCGGUGCCAAUUCCUCAAGGAGAUGACUCCCUUUUGAAUGUUCAUGUAAUUGAAACUAAAAAAGGGAACAAGAUUGUUGCUUUUUACUUGAAAAAUCCUUAUGCUAGACUUACAAUACUUUACUCCCAUGGAAAUGCUGCUGACCUUGGUCAACUCUAUGAUCUCUUUGUUCAGCUUAAAAUCAAUCUCAGAGUCAACUUAAUGGGGUAUGAUUACUCUGGGUAUGGUGCGUCUACUGGUAAGCCAAGUGAGGCCAAUACGUAUGCAGAUAUAGAAGCUGUUUAUCAGUGUCUUCAGACUGAAUAUGGAGUUAGUCAAGAAGACUUGAUUUUAUACGGACAGUCGGUUGGAAGUGGGCCCACACUACACCUGGCAGCAAAACUGCCAAGAUUGAGAGGGGUGGUUUUGCACAGUGCCAUCCUCUCCGGGCUUCGUGUAUUGUGCCAUGUGAAGUUCUCGUUCUGUUUCGAUAUAUAUAGGAAUAUAAGAAAAAUACGGAAAGUGAAGUGCCCUGCGCUGGUGAUACAUGGUACAGAAGACGACGUAGUAAACUGGUUACACGGAAACGGACUCUGGAAACGGGCCAGGGAACCCUACGAACCCUUAUGGAUCAAAGGCGGUGGGCACUGCAACUUGGAAUUAUACCCCGAUUACAUCCGCCAUCUAUGCCGUUUUGUUCACGAAAUGGAGAACAUGACAUCACAAACCCGGCUUAAGAAAAUCCGAGACGACCUCAACCUCCACCCGAAACCCCGUCACCCGCCCGCUAAGACUACUUGUAGCCGGUCUUGCAACUGUUGGGACUGUUGUAGUUGUACUUGUAAGAUGAAAUGCUGGAAACCUCGUUGGCCAAAAAGCUCUUGUUGCAGUUCUUGUUUCUCGUGCCCAAAAAGCUCGAGCUGCUGCAGCUGUUUACGAAAGCCAAAAUGCUCAAGCUGCAAAAGCUGUUGCAGCUGUUUAGGAUGGCCAAAAUGCUUAAGCUGCAAAAGCUGUUGCAGCUGUUUAGGAUGGCCAAAAUGCUCGAGCUGCUGCAGCUGUUUCAGCUGUUUUGGAUGGCCAAAAUGCUUUAGCUGUUGCUUCAAAUGUUCACGGCCUAAAUGCUCGUGUUCGUGCAAAGGGUGUUGUUCGUGGAUUUGUUGUUGUCGCGGUUGCUGUUGUCCUAAAACAGAACAAAGGCAGGAGAGUUGAAUUAGUGGGUGGUGAUUAUUUAGUUUUUGUUUUCAAAUGUGGAUUUGGGAUUGUACAGAUUUGCAGAACUAGCUAACCUCCCUUAAAUCCCUUAUUGUCAGAUCAUUCUCCUAUUUGUGCAGUUUAGCGUUUCGAAAAUUAUACAAAUUGUGGUGUAUUUGAAACUCUGAUGCAGUUUUAGUAGUAUUAAAGUUAGUAACCAUCAUUAUAUUACAA